UCGAUAGUCGGUACCACUGAGGGUGCUUGUCUUGCCGAGUGUGAUAUGAUGUGUCUGUUCCCCCUGCCGCGUCCUACAUGCAUUCCCCGCCAACAUUACCUGUUUCCUAUCAGAGCGAGAGUAGAUCGCAGUGAUGGAGUGCACCGGCCAACAGCCAGAUGCGCCGUCGGAACAGCUUGUGCUGUGAUUUAUACCCACGAAGCCUUUCUGGCGGCAAGGCAAGGUCAUCUUCAAAGCGCUCUUACCUCUAAAGAAAUGAACUGACUGAGCGAUAGGACGUGGAAUGCAGCCAGAGACCUUAACUGAUAGUGGUACCACAGCUGAUGCAUCAACACGAUUACUAGCCCGUGCAUCUUGUGUAUCAACACGAGAAUUAUUCAAAGCGUUUUCCUCAUGCAUAAUGAAUGGCUAUUGUCUGGGGGUGGUCGUGUGUCACUUGUUUAUACUGAACCGCAAAGCUGAUAAUGUUUUCUGUCUAAUCGUUUAAACUCUGUUUGAGCGCUUCGUAUAGGUUAUGUGAGUUGAACGGACUACCGUCCGACGGCGUUGUCACUCCUGAUUUUGACGGAUAAGGGAGAUUAGACGUAUUUAUGUUACCAGGAAUGUUUUAAGCGAACCUACCGACCCCGUCCUCUUGGCGAAAUUAUGUCGAAAUUGAUUGGACAGACAUGGUCACGUGGCCGUUUGCGAACUGGAGUUUCCACGACAGCUGGAAGCCGUGCAAUACGGGGGCAUCGCGCUUUUUAAAAAAUAGAUACUGUUCAUAUUACGGCAGAGAGAAGUAAGUUGGGGCAGCAUGGGAGACAAGAAGAGUCCGACCAGGCUUUGUUUUUAAGGCCGAAGCGGCAACCGAAGCCCUCGUCUGACGAAGGCUAUUGGGACUGUAGCGUCUGCACAUUCAAGAACAGCGCCGAGGCGUUCAAAUGCAUGAUGUGUGAUGUGAGGAAGGGGACGUCAACGCGGAAACCUCGGCCCGUUUCCCAGCUGGUCGCCCAGCAAGUAACGCAGCAGUUCGCCUCUCCCACCCAACCCAAGAAGGAGAAGAGGGAGCGCACGGACAAAGAGCGCAGCGAGAAGGAGCCCACGCUCAAGAAGAUCAGCCACAAGAGGAUGAGGCCCCGGUUAAAGAACAUCGACAGGAGCAGCGCGCAGCACCUGGAGGUGACGGUGGGCGACCUGACGGUCAUAAUCACGGACUUUAAGGAGAAAGCCAAGCCCACGUCCACCUCGUCGCCCAGCGCCGCGUCGGCCGACCACCACAGCCAGAGCGGCUCCAGCUCCGACACCAACGCCGAGAGGGCCGCGUCCCGCUCCUCGUCCCCCCGCGGCGAGGCCUCCUCCGUCAACGGAGAGUCGCACUAAAAAAAAAAACAAACCUCCCUCGCCCCUCCUACCCUCCCCAGUCCCGCUCAUCCGCUGUCCUCAAAACCCAGAUGCCACCCGUAUGCGUCAUCUCUCCUACCUACGUCCCCUUUGUCCUUCUCCUCUUCCUUGCCCUCUUCAAAAUGUAGACCUGUCCCCCCCACCCCCCCCCCCCCCCUCUGAAAAUGCACAUGUAAGCGUUUGCCAAGCCCUUACAGCAGGUUACACUCUCUUCCCGCAGAGAAAUCCACUACGACACAACAAACCAAGCAACAGUUUUCUGUUUUUGCUUUUUUUCUGGAGGCUGGGGGUUUGGCGUGCGGCUCUCCCUCUGCGGGGGGUAUUCCAGCUCUGGUCAGCGUCUUUGCGCCUCGCGGUUUGGGACGAUACCUGGCUUUUAGCCCACACAAGUCGACAAACUGUAGAAUUUCUAUGUCACUUUCAGGAUUAAUACUCUAUUGAUAUAGCAUUCUAAGAAGAUUCAUUCUAAAGUCCUGCCAUAGGCCCUCAGUUAGCCCGAUGCAUCCUCCAUUUCAGAUUGAUGUUGGCACUCUCAUCCAAUCGGUGUUAUUGAUUACAUGUAGACACUGAUAUGAGCCCCGCCCACUUCAUCUCACCUCCAUCGUUUCUGUCCAAUAAGAACUAUUGUGGCAUGAUCUGAUUCAGAGUCUCAAUGCAUUAUGGGAGAAAAAAAAUAUGAAGCAAUUCCCUUCAUUGUACAGUCAUUGGUUUAUCAAACUGUGAUAGAAUAAGACCUAUUCUUUCUUGUUUUGUUUUGUUUUGUUUUUGCACCUGCUGGUAUUUGGUGUGGUUUCAUGAGAGAAUAUUUUACAUUAACAUUUUUUUUUUUUUUCAUUUGUGUUUACUUUUGUUGUUUUAAAACAAUUCACAGCACAAGUUAUAUAUCAUAUCAUGUUGUUCUCUCAUUGCUCUGGCCAAGGUGUGCUAUAUAAGAUGCAUAAACAUCUUGGUGAAUUAUGUGUUAAUUAAAAGUUUGAAAGAAAAAAAAAAAACAUUUAUUACUUAAAAAGACAUUGUAUUAGGAAGGUGUUGACAUUGAAUCUCCAUUUUAUAGAUUUGAGCUUGUCAUCAGAGAUUUAUUAUUACCGUCUAGAAAUGUCACUGAAUAAAAUGACCAGAUAUAGCCUCUUCAGUAAAAGCCUUGUAAAUAAAGUGAUAAUGUGGGAUUUGCAGUAAA